UUCAACCACCUCGGUCGCUUGCUAGCCAACCUAAAACCUACAGAUUGGUGCUUUACACCGUGUUUGUGUACAUUAGCUAAUCUCAGUGUUUUAAACGCAUUUCUGUUGACUUAUCAUCUGAUGACCUUUAACCUAAGGUUCUUGUUAAAUUUGAAAACGUGUUAAAGAUUGAUACUGAGGUUAGCACUAGGCUAGUCGCUAAUGCUAACUAGCUAGCUAACAUCCCUGACCAUGAGCUCACUAAACUACUCCUCCCUUGCUAAAGAAGAAGUGGUCUGCUGGACGGAAAAAGAAGCUCUGGGACUGAACAUUGUCGUGGAAGAGGAGGCUGUAACAGUGAAAGAAGAGGAGGCUGUUAUAGUGAAAGAAGAGGAGGCUGUUACAGUGAAAGAAGAGGAGGCUGUUAUAGUGAAAGAAGAGGAUGCUGUUCCAGUGAAAGAAGAGGAGGCUGUUAUAGUGAAAGAAGAGGAGGCUGUUACAGUGAAAGAAGAGGAGGCUGUUAUAGUGAAAGAAGAGGAUGCUGUUCCAGUGAAAGAAGAGAUAGAACCUUUUGGAGAGGAAGAGGAUGCUAUCUCAAUAAAGGUGAAGGAGGAAAACGUUUUGAGAGUGAAAGAGGAGGCUACAGAAUAUCAGAUUAACACCAGAGAGAGACAUGACUAUCCUGGAUCCUCUGGGGAGCCUCAACAACAUCCUGAUGCUGACGAGGAAGAGAAGAUUCUCUCCAGAUCAGAACACCAGAUGGUACAGCUUGGACAACGCAAGCCCUUCCUCCCUCCUGAGUCCCCGUGUCAUACCUCUCCCGGUGGCACCUUACUGCUGGGUAUGAAGAGGUUGUCUGUGCUGCUGGUGGACUGCAGGAAAACAACGGGGCUGAGUGGAACUGUGAGAGGAGGAGAAGAGAUGAAAGGAUCAGAUUUGACUCACCAAAAUAAACGUGGUACCUUCAGGCAUUUGGAAAUCGCUCCCAAGGAUGAACCAGACGUGUAG